AUGGUUUUAUAAUAUCUUUGAUAGUUUGGAAUUCUACAUAACAUUGAUGUGGAAAGGGCAGGAUUACAUGUUUAUGAGGCCAGAAUUCCUUCUUAAAAGUAUUGAUCUCUCUAGCAAUGCUCUAUCAGGAAAAAUACCAAGAGAACUUGUAUCUUUGUUGGGAUUGGUUUCCUUGAAUUUGUCAAGAAACCAAUUGAGUGGAAAAAUACCCAAGGAGAUUGGAAAUCUAAAAUCACUUGAAUUUCUUGAUUUGUCAAAAAAUAAUUUAUCAGGGCCAAUUCCUCCAAGUCUUGCUCAUAUUGAUCGUCUCAGUGUGUUAGAUUUGUCAAACAAUAAUCUCUAUGGAAAAAUCCCAACAGGAACACAGUUGCAAAGCUUUAAUGCCUCGUGUUAUGAAGGAAACCUUGAUCUUUGUGGAUUGCCAUUGAGCAAAAAGUGCCCAGAAGAUAAUAUGCUGCCACCUCAAGAAGUUAAUCAGGAUGAAGAAGAAGAUGCCUCAUUAUUCUCUCGAGAAUUUUACCUGAGCAUGGGUUUGGGAUUCAUUGUUGGAUUUUGGGCCUUUGUGGGGCCGUUGCUCUUCAACCAAACUUGGAGACAAGCCUAUUACAAGUUUGUGAACACAGUAACAGACAAAGUCCAUGUCAUAGUUGCAGUUUAUGUGGUUAAAUACCUCACCAUUAGAGACUAGCCACGAGGAUCUGUUUCUCCUACAAUUUGGCACUAGAUGAAGUUAUGAUCCAAGCAAUGAUGGUUUGUUGCACGGAUUUAUGUCAUGAUUUGAAAGAUAUCGUACUUCUAAUAAUGUUCUCCGCUAGCAUUUUAUCAAACUGGUUAUGUUUUUGCUUGUGGCCUUUUAAAUCUUUUCUGUUGCAUGCUAACUGGGGAGAUAUAUAUAUAUAUGUAUAUAACUCUAGCAUAACAUCAUAAGUUCCGAAA